UAUUGUAACUACGGUUUUCCCAAACCUACAAAUGUUACCUUCUCAUCCUUAAACAUGAAGAAUGUUCUUCAUUGGAAACCACCAGAAGGCCUAGGAGUUGAAGUAGUUUAUACAGUACAAUAUUAUAUAUAUGGUAAACACAACUGGCUUAAUAAGUCAGAAUGCAAGAGUAUCAGUCGAACCUAUUGCGAUCUCUCAAGUGAAACCUAUGAUCAUGAACAUCAGUACUAUGCUAGAGUCAUGACUUCCUGGAAAAGAAAUUGUUCUCAAUGGGCAGAAACGAGACGUUUCAAUCCUAAAAUGAACACACUGAUUGGCCCACCAAUGGUUGCUGUGUCUUCUGGUGACAAGUCCAUUUCAAUUACUUUGACUGCUCCAGAGAAAUGGAAGAAAAAUCCUGGGGACAUUUCAAUUCCUAUGAAUCAGAUUUACUCCAGCCUGAAAUACGAUGUGUCCAUUUGCAACAGAAACUCAAACAAAUGGUGGUCCAUCCAGGUGACAAACCAUACCCUGACCCUGUCGUGGCUGGAAUCAGACACUACCUACUGUGUCACCGUGCAGUCAUGCAUCUCAGUUCCCUAUCAAAUUAGUGAGCCUUCAGAGGAGCAGUGUGUGACAACUUUGAAAGAUCAAGCUUCAGAGUUGACCACAAAGAUAAUGUUUUGGUAUGUUCUGCCAGUUAUCAUCACAGCCUUUAUCAUCUCGGUGAUGGGUUACCACAUGUACAGAUACAUACGUGUUGGCAAGCAGAAACACCCUCCAAAUUUGAUAUUGAUCUAUGGAAAUGGGUAUGAUGAGAGACUCUUUCUGCCUGCUGAAAAAAUACUGGUUAACUUUAUCACCAUGAAUAUCGUGGAUGAUUCCAGGAUUUCUCAGAAGGAAAUUAACCAUAUGGACAAUGCAAAGGACCUGAAUGAUCCUACUCCUGCUGAGAGCCAGGAGGACAAGGAUGCUCUGGCCGAGGACCUGGAAGUAAAGCAUUUGGGCUACGCUUCCCAGGCAGUGGAAAUUCUGAGUGACAGAGAAGAAAAUGAAAAUUGGCUAUCUCCGGUUCAACCUGCAUCGCUUUGCCCCUCGAGGCAAAGGGAUGUUGAAAUUGUAGAAUAUGAGCUGGAUGUGAGGGCUGAAGAUAUCUGCCCUCCACAGAAAGAUCAAGAGCUGAGUUUACAGGAGGAUGUGUCCACUCAAGGGAAUCGACAAACUGAAUCUCAGGAAACCUUGGUUAACCAAAGUCAGCCUGAGUUGGAUGGGCAACUGAAGGCCAGGACCCCAAAGCCAGGUGCUCAGGAACCUCUCAAGUCAGAGGAGGCACCUGAGGAUGAGGAAUCGACCAUAGUUGUGGACUGGGAUCCCCAAACCGGCAGGUUGUGCAUCCCUUCCCUGUCCGACUUCAAACCCCACGCAGAAGAAUGUGAGUCUGAUGAGGGUGAUGGACCUGCUAAAGAAGGGCUUUUGUCAAAACUGUAUGAAAAGCGGGCAUCCAACAGAUCAGCUGAAGGAAAUGAAGCCUAUCUCACACAAUUCAUGGAAGAGUGGGGUCUUCAUGUGCAGAUGGAAGAAUAAACAAUCAUCCUUUAUGAGAGCUUCUGAAAAUUAAUGAUGCCCAGACUGGUGACUUAAAGGAAACCCAAAACCCACCUUUCUAGGGGAAUUUUCCUCUACUGAAGCUUUUUUUAAAAAAAUUACCGGACCAGUAUUUUUUUCACAGCAUUUGCAUCGGAUAUACUGAGUAUCUUUGCUGAUUUUGAUAAGGAGUUCAUUACCAGUUAAUAUUUAUUGAUCUCCUUAUUGAUGAGUGGCACUGUUCUAAGUGCUCCUAGAAGUUUUAUAAGGAUGAUCCUUCUGGAAUUAUAUGUUACAAAUGAAUACUGAUUUGGAAAUCAGUUUUGAGGAUGGCCUUGAGUAAUUUCAUGUGUAAAUACGUCUACAAAUAAAUAUCUGACAACUGGGAAAGGUUACCAGCCAACUGAAUAAUCAACAGCCAUUCAGUCUUCAGAUUGGGAUCUAAGUAGAGCACCCAAAUUCCACUUAAGGUCUAGAGUAAUCAAACCUCAAAUAGGCUUGGAGGAUUUUAGAUCAUAUAGAUGUUGAGCUUACCAUAAUGCACCUGAUUUUUCCCAUAUGCCAAGAGUGGUGUAUCAUUAGCCUGAAGAAGGGUGUGAUCUCAUCCUGCAGGCAUUUAGGUGGAGAUUAGAGAAAAUCCUUCCUCCCGCCCACCAACUCUCCACACAGCACAGUGCAUUGCGUCCAAACCCCUAAUGCAUAGCCAUGGUAGUGAAAUGCAAGCUGGAAGCAUCGCCACUACAAUACUGGCCUCCUUUCUAAAAGCUCCACACACCUCUCAGAGACACCUAUUCCCUCCGCUUAGGCUAGGCUACGGCA